AUGCCGUUCUAUGCCAAGUUUUUGAAGGAGUUGAUGACCAAGAAGAGAAGUUGGAAGAACAACGAAACUGUGGUACUCACCGAAGAAUGCAGUGCCAUCUUCCGGCAUAAAUUGCCCCAAAAAUUAAAGGAUCCUGGGAGUUUCCAAAUCCCUUGCAUCAUAGGGGAAAUCAUAGUGGAGAAGGCUUUAUGUGAUCUAGGAGCUAGCAUAAAUCUGAUGUCCUUAGCAAUGAUGCAGAAAAUGAGAAUUGAGGAGGCUAAACCAACAAGAAUGGCCUUGCAACUAGCAGACCGAUCAUUCAAGUUUCCUCACGGAAUAGUAGAAGACUUGUUGGUGAAGGUGGGAGACUUUAUCUUUCCAGUAGACUUCGUAGUAUUGGACAUAGAGGAAGGAGCCAAGACCUCUAUCAUCUUGGGAAGGCCAUUCUUAGCCACUGUCAGAGCCAUCAUUGAUGUCUAA